CAGCGCUUCUUGCGCAUGCGCACUGGGCACCCGGCUGUCAGCAGUCUCUUAGUCAUCACCUGCACUGUCUGCAGUCUCUGGUCAUCUGUACUAUGUCCGCAGUCUCUGGUGAUCCCCUGUACUGUCUGCAGUCCCUGGUCAUUUCCUGCACCAUGUCCGCAUUCUCUGGUCAUCCCUUGCACUGUCCGCAGUCUCUUGGUCAUCCCCUGUACUGUCUACAGUCUCUGGUCAUCUCCUGUACUGUGUCUGCAGUCUCUGGUCAUCUCCUGUACUGUGUCCGCAGUCUCUGGUCAUCCCCUGUACUGUCCGCAGUCUCUGGUCAUCCCCUGUACUGUGUCCGCAGUC